AUGUCGAUUUCGACAAUCCGCCGUCAGGUCAAAAAUGUCGCCUACAAUUUUUCGGAUGCACAAGUGAAGGUUCGCGAGGCGACGAGCAACGAUCCAUGGGGACCAUCUACUGCGCUCAUGUCCGAAAUCGCCGAUCUCACUCACAACCCGAUGGCGUUCACUGAAAUCAUGUCGAUUGUCUGGAAGCGACUGAAUGAUUCUGGCAAAAACUGGCGGCACGUGUACAAGAGUUUGGUUCUCCUCGAUUUCCUCAUCAAAUGCGGACAUGAAAAGGUUGCCCAACAGUGUCGAGAGAACGUCUUCACUAUUGAAACGUUGAAGGACUUCCAACAUGUUGAAGACAACCGAGAUCAGGGUCUCAACAUACGUGAGAAGGCGAAGCAGAUCACCUCACUUUUGGCUGAUGACGAACGUCUGAAAAACGAGAGAACUCGCUUUAUUCUGACGAGAAACAAGUUCAAGCAAAACAAUCCGGGUGCUGUUGGAGCUGAGAGCCGUCGGGCGACGAGACACGCAACCAGUGACCAUACCCUUGAUCCUGAAUACGAGGAAGCACGUCCAUCCACGGCCACCGAGGAGGAGAUGCAACUUCAAAUCGCACUUGCUCUUUCUCGCGAAGAAUGCGAAAAGGCGGACGAGAUGCGCAAAAGCGAUGAUGCUCGCCUUCAAAUGGCUCUUGAAGAAUCGCAAAAGGAAGCGGAUCGCCUGGCGACAACCAAGCAAGGGACCGUGAGCAGCGGACAACUCACUCAGUCCGCCUUGGACGAUUUGCUCUCCCUUGGAGUCGGUGAGCUCGUUACCGGUAACAACGACCAACCGUCGUCCUCCGGCGCAUGGAACAACGUGGGAAUGGCUGAUCCAUGGGGUGCACCACAGUCUUCUGCGCCUCAUGAUCAGUUGUUCACUUCUUCCUCCAACGACCCAUGGGCAAGCUCCAUUGCUCCACAAGUUGCUCCAACUGGAAACUCGGAUCCGUUCGCUGCAUGGGAUGCUCCAGCUUCCGCUCCAUCCGCCACCAUGCCGAAUAGCAACUCGUUUGACCUUCUCGGAGGAGAUCUCCUUUCCCCAACCAACUCUCUGAGCACCUCUGCCACCAACAACUCCACCAACGGAACACGAAAAACUCCGGAGAACUUCCUUGGAGAGAACAAGAACCUUGUCAAUUUGGACAACUUGUUGGGAAGCAACACUCCAAGCACAUCGGGUGGAAACCCAUUCCUCACCGGAGCCGCUCCAGCUGCCAACCCAUUUGCUGCUCAACAACGCAAGUCGCCGACGUUGAAUGAGAUGCGUGCGGCUCAAGGCCAAGCUCCGCCAAUCCCAACCAUGGCUCCACGUGGAACUCUCCCUCAGGCCAAUCCGUUUGCCAAUCCCUUCUAA